UGAACGGCCGGUUAGUGUAAGUGACUAAAAGUGGUCACAAUAAAAAUAAGGAUGUUCCUCAAAUUGGUUGUAAUUGCAGCCUUCUGUUGCACCAACGCGCUAGCUAAUUUCACAAGCUACGAUGGCUACAAAAUCUACGAGUUCACAGCUGAGAAUGCCAUACAACAGAAGACCGUUGAGAUCUUGGCACAAAAUGAGGCAUAUGACUUCUUCACGCUUACACGCAUUUUUGGGCUCCCAAUACGUGUUCUGGUAGCACCUGCGGAUCAGCUGCAGUUUCAGCAAACAUUGCAGACGGCACAAAUCGCUUACACAAUCGUUAAUGAGAAUUUCGGCCAGAGCGUUGAAGUAGAACGGAAGCUAAACAGUAUGUACCCCAAACAACGGAAUGCGGCACCUGGUAGCAUUUCGUUUAACGUUUAUCAGCGUUAUGACGCGAUCACAGCCUAUCUGGAAGAACUAAGCAAGACAUAUUCAAGCCGCGUUAAAGUAACGUCGAUCGGUGAUUCAUACGAAAAACGUAAACUGCACGCGAUCACUAUAACCAACGGCGAUGGCGUUGCCAAUAAGAGUGUCAUACUAAUGGACGCGGGUAUACACGCGCGUGAGUGGAUUGCACCGGCCGCAGCGCUGUAUGUCAUCCAGCAGUUGGUGGAGAAUUACGAGCAAAACUCGCGUUUAUUGACUAACUACGAUUGGAUUAUUGUGCCGCUUCUUAAUCCCGAUGGCUAUGAAUACAGUCACACAAGCGAACGUCUGUGGCGUAAAACACGUAAGCCGGUGAGCUUACUUUGCGCCGGUACAGAUGGAAAUCGUAAUUUUGAUUAUCAUUGGGGUAAAGUCGGUGCUUCUAAUACCGCUUGCGCGGACACUUUCAGAGGUCCAACGGCCUUCUCAGAACCGGAAACGCAAGCGUUACGCGAUUUAAUGCACUCGCUGACCGGUCGUGCGAAAUUCUAUCUCACCCUACACUCGUACGGCAAUUAUUUACUCUAUCCAUGGGGUUACACUUCUGCUCUGCCUGAACAUUGGCGCGACAUUGAUGAUAUUGCUCGUGCCGGUGCGGCAGCCAUUAAAACUGCUACGGGCACCGAAUACACUGUGGGCAGCACGACUAAUGUUCUUUAUGCCGCUGCGGGUGGCAGUGAUGAUUAUGCUUUGGGCAAGGCGCAUAUUCCCAUUUCAGUAACCAUGGAGUUGCCGUCCGCAGGUCAACAAUUCGACCCACCGCUAUCGAAAAUUGAGGAACUAGCUUCUGAGACCUGGAUUGGCAUUAAGGCUAUGGCGGAGAAUGUUAUAAAGAAAUACAAAUUAGCAUAUAAAGAAAAGAAACCAAGUAAACGUAGAUUUAAAAUGGUAAGAGAUACACAAAAAUGCAUAUACAGUUAAG